AUGGAGGUGUUUGCCCUUAUUGUUUUCGCCUGCCUUUUGCUGUUCACGAAAGCGAACUGCUGGGCAGUGCCUCCGCCUGCCGCAGACAGCUACCCCUUGCCCCAGGCGCCGUACGGCGCAGUGGAAGCGCCGCCCGAUUCGCCGCAUCUCCGAGUGGAUUCGGAGGCUCGGACCGCCUGGCCUUCGGCACACUCCGACUUCAGCCUCAACCUGGUUUGCGGCUUUGGACAGCAUCUUCUCUUCGAGAGCGUUGCAUCGCGGAAAGUUUUGUCACGGCCACAAACGCGGUCUGUCUGCGAAUCGGCGACACGUGGAGCUUUCGAGCGGCCCCGGCGUCUCGCCCGCUCGGCCAAGUCAGAGGUGCGCAUCGCCUUAUACACGUCUCAGAAAGCUGGCCCUGAGGCUCUCGCACGCAGAGCAGCUGCGGCCGAGUUCGCCGCCAUUCAGAGGUGGCGUCCCACAGCGAAGCGUCGGCUGUCAUCUACGAAAAAGCAGAAAUGCGAGACGAAGGGGAGUGAGAAACCACGUGCUUCGAGCGCCUCGUCUGGUCCACCUGCCGGAGCGUUCGGGCAGGAAAAAUGCCACCGACUCCGCAGGCCGAAACCUUCCGAACUCCGUCUCCAGAGUUCCCCGGGCCUCUCUCCGACAGCCGCAGCGGCGACAGCUCUCGCGCGGGCUCUUGCGGCAGCAGCGGCGCCAGUGGAGAGAGCCUUGGCGACGUCGGAUCUGUUCGCGGGCCUCGAGGGGGACUCGGAGAGAGACGGUAAGAAACCACAGGGGAGGCAACGCACAGCGAAGCGAGGCGCAAGGCCGCAGAAUUCAGCGGCCUUCCAGAAACUCACACGGUCGUCUGCUACUCUGAAGAAGAAACGGAGUUCCUCGAUAGGCACCGGUGGGCCGACAUCAAACUGCGAGCUUCCGCGUCUUGCGUCGAGCCUGUCGGAUCUCUCUGCGGCGAAGCCGGCGUCGCCUCGGGCCGCCCCGAAGCCGACGUCGCGUUGGCAACGUGGGGCGACCGCAGGAGCAAGGAAAACCAAAACCGACGGGACGCAGGCAUCCGCCGCCGCGGCGGCUGUCGCUGCAACGGCGGCGCUGGCGGCAGCCGCAGCGCUCCUGGAGAACUCGACAGGAGGCUCCGCCUGUGACAGUCUAUGCACAGACGAGAAGUUGGCGGAGGCCGUGCGAACGUGCGUAGCUUCGCUGGAAGGCAUCUCACCUCUACCACCGUGCGCCGGGAAGUGUGCGGUUCACGGGAAGUCGAAACCCACAGCGAUAUCCGCCGUUCUCUCAGCAGUGCAGGCGGCUGGAAAGAGUGCAGAAGUAGCCCUACUGCGUCUUCAGGACGGGCGCUUCUCUCCGCCUCCGCAUCUUCCGAAGCAAGCUGCUGGCUCGUGGGAGGGCCCCGCUCAGGCCGCUGUCUCUGCAAGAAAGGCAGCUGUCGCGGACCGGAUUGCGGAAGAGCCGACGCAUGCAGGAGUGUCGCGGAAAAAGGCGUUCUCGAACGGCCUCGACAGACUCCACACGACGUGCAACGCGGAGAGGCGGCCGAACCACGAGGGAUCUGGAACCAGUCAGCUGAAACGUGUGAAGGGCGAAAGACCUGGCGAGGCGAUGGAGGCAGAGAAAGGAGACCGCAACACAUCUGUCGCGUUGAGCAGGCAAGGCUCGCGGAAGGCGACGUCGGCAGCGCAUGCAGCUGCCCAGACAGCGAAGGCAGUUGCGGCAGUUGCGGCGGUCGCGGCGUCGGUAGAACCUAGGAGACGUCGCCGUGGGGUCCAGAGUCGCGUACCGAAAAAAGCCGACUCAGCCUCCGAGGAAAGCGAGAGAGACAGCAGUGUCUCUCCGCGGGAGUCGGCGCGCUCGUCCUCUGACGGUGCAGAGGAAAAGGCGUCGCGGGUACGGCAGCAGGAAGGAGGAAGCGAGGAAAGAGGCGAGCACGAGAGAAGUUCACCUUCAGAAGACGAAAGCUCGGAACGAGAUCUAGAAACUGAUUCCGAUGUGGAGUCCCCAAGACGAGCGCGUUCGGCUCUCUGGUCUGAGACAGGAGCGGGGCGGCAAGGCAACGAGGACCCGGCAAGCGCCAGCAGUAGAGCGGGUGCGGGGGGAAACGUGAUGUCGGCGGAAAAGAGAGAAGACGAGGAGAGACGAGACGAAAACGAGAGCGCUGAAUCCUUGCACGGUGUCGCGUCUGCCUCAGCCACGGACCCUCUUAAUGCGGCACAGGAACCGGCCGGCUCUCGCCCUCCGGCACCGUCUCGCGUGGCUGUCUCGAGCAAGCCUUCUCGACUCUGUUCCGAAGCGGGAGGCGCCGAGACACCCGCGAAAGAGGCAUUUGAUGAGACGAGGAAACAAAAUCUGGAGAGCCUCGCCGACACAGCACACGACGGAGCCGGAGGAAGCAAGAGAGAAGAGGAAGGGACAGAGGGAGGGAAAGGAGGAAAAACGAAAGGAACGAGACGCAACUCACGGGAGGCGAGAUUCCCAGAAGGGGCGGAUCCAAGUGACAGAGACGCACUCCCGAAACCUGGAGCGCAGGAUGAUGCAACGCAAGCAACAGAAACCAGUGGGCUCGGGAAAUCGUCUUUUGCCGCUGGCACGAUUCCAACUGGAGACACCCUCAGAGAGGGGGGACCUGUUUCCACCAAGAGGCCCAAGAAAAAGAAGAAAGAGGGAAACUUCCACGGGGAAGCCCACGAGGCGCCUUCUCCGGCUCGGGCGUCGCCCGCGUCGACUUCGCUCUGUCAGACUUCCGUCCUUUCAUCUUCCUCGCCGUCCUUCCCCACGGAGGGUGUUCGCGCCUUGGCUGACGAAACUAAGGACCAGACGCAUGGGAAAGGAGAGAAAGAAGCACGCGAGAGAGAGACAGGCCCCGGCGAGACACAUACACCCGACCCAGCUGGUCUACGCAGCAGUUCGGGUGUCGAGACACUGGACGGCCCCGCAGAACAGUUUGCGCUGCCAACGAAGCCGAGCAAAGGGCGGUCGCAUGCGGCCGAGGCAGAGCGAGCGGCCGCAGGCGUGGCGGCGGCUGCGAAGGACGUGGCGCGUGCGGCUGCGGUGCUGAGGCAGCAGGCUGAAGAGGAGGCGGCUGAUCUCGCGAGAGGGGAGAGAUCCCGAAGGAGAAAGUCGGAGGAGAACGCUGGAGCAAGCGCCGAGCUGCGCGAGGAGGAGGCAGAGUACGGGAAGGCGGGAGGCGUGAAGACCCAGGACAAACACGGCGCGGGGAAGAAAGAGAGGCGAGAGAAGAAGGAAGUCCGUGCUUCGGAGGGAAAGGAGAGGACGCGACAGCCUGAUGGGGACGCUCUGGUAACAGCGACCGGAAAGAAGGAAAGGAACGGCGAGGAUGACGAGUUAGGCGCGAGAAAGAAGAGGCGCGAGAAGAAGCCAGAAGACGCGGAAGAGGAGAGAGGCAUGCAGGACGACCGCCCCACUGAGUUCAAGGAGAAAAAAGAAAAGAGGAAGAAGAUGAGAGAAGCAGCUGAAGCGGCUGCAGCCGCGAAAUUCUUUUCACCCGUCCAAGACCCGUGCGUUCGACAGACGAGCGAGCAGGCGGAGACUCCCAGGAGCGGCACAGGAGAUGAGGGCUCUCAUCUCUCGCGAUGUCAGUCCUGGGCUCAUGGGUGGACAAGGAAGCGUUUAAACGUUGUGGGGCGGAAUUGCGAGAAGAAGACGCCCGCGCGCGAGGCUCCGUGGUCCUUGACAGAAGAUUGGCCGCAGCUGGCUUGCUCAGCCGGUGACGCGUGCGCCUUCAGACGAGGAUGCCUUCCUCAAGCAGCUGCACCGAAACGGGAGUCCGCGAGACCGCUCCGCCAAAAACCCCACAUCUCUGUCUCUCCCGUGUCUCUCUCGCCUGACGCCCAUUCUUCCUCUCCUCUCUUGGAGUUAGAGGAAUGUCGACAGCGAGGCUCUGCGGCACCCAAGACAGCGCAUCUCGCAGAUGCCGAACCGACCUCGUUUCCUGAAGAGCUGGCGAGUUGCAAAGGACCCGAUCGCUUCACAGGGCGAGGAGGCGGCGAAGAGGCAGGCGCGACACCGAGAGAAACUGCGAGGCAGGCGACGCUUUGGGAAGAGAGACAAGGCGACAGAACAGGUCGUCCAGGUGGAGCGCAGCCUGCACAAGAACCGACCCUGCAGGCGCCGCGAAAGGCAGGACUGUCGAACUCGCCGAAAGCUGCGAAGCAACCGCCCAACCCCCCCGCAGCAUCCAGCGUCUCGCAGCGCGCCGAGGCACAGCGGAAAGGCUUGGUGCAAAAGGCGCAGAAGGUCAAAAUGGAGAGAACAACGAAGGAGCGCGGGAAGAUCCAACCCUGGAAGCGCAUGCAGCAGUGGGAGGAGGAAUGGAAGAGACAGAAAAACUGGAGAGAAAAGAAGCUGUGGAAGGGGGGGAAAAGGGAGAGAAGUGUCGUUAGGCAAACGCUGACUUUCCUGGCACGUGCCACCGGGGAGAGGCGAACACCGGAUGGCAGAGAGACAGACAGAGAGAAAGGCGAGGGCAGAGCCGCGGAAACCCGUUCGCUGCCUGCCUGGAGUGUACGUACAGCAGACCAGGCUCGCUUGGAGAAGGGAACACGGGAGACGCAGGCGACAGCAAGGACGCAAGAAAACGGAGAAGAACAGGGUGAACAGGAAGCGGAGCCUGGAGAGAGAAUGGAGAGCAAGGAGGCAAUGGAGAUGGACACACGCGAAGCGACAGGGGAGAGGACAAAGGCGGAAGACGUAGACAAGACGAGGGUGCACCGACAGGACGCCGAGAGGAUGGGCCACGGGCGGGACAGGCUCUCCUGCGAGUCCGGUGCUUUAGAUAAGGAAGACGAAGAAAACAAGGAAAAUAACCCGGAGUUUCAAAAUGCAUGUGUACGACGAGGCGGCGAGAAAGAAGCCGAGGACCUGUUCCCUUGUUCGUCGACCUUGUUGGAGGAAGACAAGUCGGGGAUGUCAGCGUCGAGGUGGAUGAAUUCGCCGUUGGCGGUUCACCAAGAGACCGCUUUUCCCUCGAAUCAAAUCGAUCUUGCAGUUUCAGCCUUUGGCUGUUCUCGCCCGCCGGCGAUCGCUGCUUCGCUCCUUGCUCCUUUCCAGUGGCCACGCAUGUUCAGGUCUCCCUCGGAAAGAGAAGUGCGAUCUUCAGCCUCUCUGUGUCGAGAGGAUGAGAAAGAAUUGGUGCCGAAAAAAGACACAGACGGGCAUUCCCAAGUCUGGGCUUUUGGGGGGAGGCGCGUGCGUGCUGGCGUGGCCUCGGGCCACCGGUUGCCAUCUUCCAGCUUCUCGGCGACGCCGUCAUGGGGUGUACAUACACCGCAGAGGUCGGUCGACGCGCUGGAGGGGUUAGGAACCCGGCACGUUCGAAAUGAGCACCACUGGACUGCCAAAAAGAGAGAGAAAAGGGGAGAGGUGAGAAGAGGGCAUUCCGCCGGCGCACGGGGUUCGCGGAGCGACAACAGAAGAGGAACCAAGGCGCCAAAGCGCGAAAGACGGCGUUGCUCUUCGUGCUCCAGCUGCUGUUCUCGACGGCAUAACGACCGCGACUCACGGAAGGCGGUUUCCGCGAAAAAGGAUUUGAAGAAAGCAGCCGAAAAAGCACAGAAGCUGGAGAGGCGCCUCGAGGCGCUCCUCCAGUUUGCACAGAGCCUCAGAGUUAGCGCUCCACAGUUCCUGUGGCCUGGGGAAUCUGUUGUCAACAGAUACACCACAGACAAAAACGCGCGGGCAGCAGGUUCGGAAGAGCUCGGGAACGUGACGGCUCUCCCUUCGGGUUCCCCGAAUAUCGAUACGGCUCAUCCGAACUCUUCACUUGGCAGGAAGGAGCAGAAAACAGAAGAGAAAGAAGGCGGCGCGUCACGGGCUGUGGAUGUAGAAGCUUCUGCCCCGGCAGUGAUUACGACGCAGACUACGACGAGGCAAGACGGGGAAGAUCAAGAGCUUAAAAGAAGUGAAAACGCCCCGGUAAACGAAAUGAAUUCUCCAACAAAGCCAGGAGACAAAACCGGACUUCCAAUGAGUCGGCCACGGCCCGGGAACACCUGCGCUGGAGGCGGAGACUUCCAAGGCGGCGGGUUGUACAUACACCCGGGCGCCGAUGCACGAGGAGUGACUCUCGACACGUCUUUCGGAACUCGAAAUCGGGUGUUGUCCGCCUCGCACCUCGAAGAAACAGAGACACAGAAACGCCCAGACGCGCUUCUCCGGGAGGAAGGAGAGAGAGGGGAGACCAACAAGGAAAUUGUGGAGAAGGGGAUCGACCAGAGUCUGGCGGCCGGGUCAGGGAGCACCGACGUUGUGAGAGGCGCGCAGACAACGCCAGGGUACCACGGUGCGUUUCCCCACGCAUCGCGUUUUGUCUUUUCUCCGUGGUCACUCACGAGUCAAGGCAAAGACAGCGCGUACACGUCAUUGACGUCGCCGCGUGAACCAAGUCCUAUUCGUCCAGCAGCUGAGAAAAAGGCUCGUUGCGUGUUUGCGUCUCGCGAACAUCCGGCAGAGUGCUUUUCAGAAGGCAGCAGCGGAGGAGCCGGCGAGGAGAGAGAGGCAGCAGACGACUCCAUUUCGCCUUUGUCUUUUCUGUCCUCUUCUUCCACGUCUUCUCUCAUCUUCUGGGAUGCUGUCAUGGACUGCGUGCUCGCCUAUGACCGUGCAGAAAAGUGCCGCUUCGAACGCCGCUUCGCCUGGUUGGCGGAAACUGAGGGAAAACGGAUUCUUUAUGAAAACGCGCCAGACUCGCUGAAGCAGCUUUCCCGUGAACCCUAUCCUAGUGUCCGGCAAAGAGGAGAGACCGUGGACGUUUCUCCGGAGAAAACCUCCGGCGAGAGUGCGUCGGUGCCUGGCGCGACAUCGCCUAUACGGCGCUCGGCGUUCCUCAGCGGUAAAGAAAAGAAGUCAGAGGGCCAGGGAGUUUCCCGUGGCAGCCGCAGUUGUCCUGGAGAAAACGCCUUCGGACGGACAAACGGAGUGGAGGAUCAAGAGACACACGCGCUGCCUUUUCCAGUUGACUCCGCGGGAGAGGCAAAGCUGAGCAGCCGGAAGCGCCAGGUGUGGCGCAUCUCGGGUGUACGUACACCGGAGUUCGGAGGGGGUGACACGGCUCCAGGAAACCGAUCAGUCUCUGUGAGUUCGACUCGGCGGAGGCACGGAAAACAAGGUGACAGCGGCGAGAACAGAGAAAGUGCAGGUGACCAGAAACAGACGGUCCCGGCUUCGCCGCGAGUUCGCUUCUCCACAGGCGCGUCGUCAUUUGGACCAGGGAUACAGAGUCUAAAAAGUUUUCACAUGGACUCCUGUCUGGCGAUCACAGUCGCGAGUCCCUUGUUCGUCCACAACGAACUAUCUGCUGAAGAAAUUCGAGAGAUUUUUUCUUUCCGCGAGAGGCAAACGGCAAAGCUGUUGACGAAGGAGCCUCUGCUGAGGAGACAGCUGGCGGCCUGGCGGAAGGCACUGGCCGAACAUGCCGGAAAGAAAGAGAGAAAACCCGAAUCAGAGAACGAAGGACCGGUCUGGGUCUCGCGUCGCGACAAAGAAGGGGAGCGAGAAGUGAAACAAACCGACGAAGAACGGGAAGAAAACGAACUGUUUAGAAUCCAUGGAAGCUGGAGCGUUCGCGAGCAGCUCGCCGAGGCGCUACUCCAGGAAAUCCUCAAAGACGGGGCUUUGGAUGAAAUUGAGGACUUGGUUUCGCAAACGGUGGACGCUCUGGUAACUGAAGAAGGAUCCCGCGCUAUCGCGCUCCUGCUGGGUCGCAAGUCGCAGUAA